GCAACUAAUAGUAUUAAUUAAAAUCAUUGAACAAGCCGAGCUCGGCGAAUAAAUUAUAAUAAUUGACAGUGCGCGAGCGAUAAAUAAAAAAAGGCAGGAAUAAAUACAAAAUAAUGCCGAACAUUGUCGCAAUGAAACUGAGCGCCUGCUAUCCGAUCCUGGCGGGUGAAAAGGGUCACAAGGACGAGGCGAAUAUCUUGGUGCUGGACCAAUUGGCACUGCAGCAACAAAUCACAGCGAAUUUCAUUUUCCAUGCGAUUUCGAACUACAAAAAGACGCCGUCCGAGCGAAAAACCCUGGACUUCAUUGCCAAAAAAUGGCUGCAGAUCCAGAUGCUGUGGCGCGAAUUCCGGCUGAGGGAUAAGCAAAUACGGCGGCGCGGCCACAAGGAUGUGCACUUCCUGGAGCACGGCUACUUCCAGCAGGAGCUCUUCGAGCUGGUCCACGAAAAGUAUUCCACGGCCCGUGGAUGCCUGAGUCGCGACAAAAGAAACCUACGGCCGUAGUUUGUUUGUUCAGCCCACAAGGACAAGGGCCCCAAUAAAAAAGCAUAAAAGGAAAAGCCUGAAAGGGAGCGGCAGGCAAAAGGAUGAGCCAACCAAGAAUCGGACGUGUGAAAACUUAUUCCCCCGAAAAACACGCAUUUCAUACGGGAUUGUGUGAGUGUUUGUGUGUGUGUGUGUGUGUACACACUGCACUGAGUCAACAGUUCUCAUUCCCUGAGAUGAUAUCCGUCAACAGCGAUUCGAUUUCCAUCUCCAUUUCCAUUUCUCCAUUUGGAAAUACCAAUACCAAUACCAAUACCAAUAGCAAUGGGCAAUCAAUCUGACUGGACGGCCAAUGAUUGAUUGCACUCGGCGAAUGCUUAUCACAAUUAUUAUGAUUUGCCAAAAGGUUAUACCAGUCAUGCUGAUGACCUCCAAAUGAAUUGCUAUCCCCCAAGGACAUAAAGAUUUCUAGGUGCACAUGUCCUAGUCACCCUUGAAAUGAAAUUGAAAUUUGAAUAAAAUGCUUAUUAAACUUUACGCCUUCAAUCAGCAA